AUGGCAUGCAACGAGUUUUUUCUCUUCAUUUUCUUCUUCUUCGCUCUUGUUAGCAAAUUACCAUCAAUUACUUGUUCGGGACCUCUUGCAUCCAUUGUCGAUGUUGAUUCACUCAAUCGAACCAGUUUUCCAAGAGACUUCAUUUUUGGAACCGCAUCUGCCGCGUACCAGUACGAAGGUGCAGCUGAAGAGGGUGGUAGAGGACCAAGUAUAUGGGAUACUUUCACCCAUCAAUAUCCUGAAAGGAUCAGAGAUAGAAGCAAUGGAGAUGUCGCCGUUGACCAAUAUCAUCGCUACAAGGAAGAUAUUCAGAUCAUCAAGAAUAUGAAUAUGGAUGCAUACAGAUUCUCCAUCUCUUGGUCUAGAAUCCUCCCAAAAGGAAAGCUUAGUGAAGGUGUAAAUAAAGAAGGAAUAGAAUAUUACAACAAAGUCAUCAACGAACUGCUAGCCAACGGUUUAGAACCAUGUGUCACACUUUUUCAUUGGGAUCUUCCCCAAGCUCUAGAAGAUGAGUAUGGUGGUUUCUUAAGUCCUCAUAUUGUAAAUGAUUUUGAAGAUUACGCGGAUCUUUGUUUUAAAGAAUUUGGAGAUAGAGUGAAAUAUUGGAUUACUUUAAAUGAGCCAUGGUCAUAUAGUAGAAAUGCAUAUGCAGCUGGAAUUUUUGCACCAGCUCGAUGUUCUAAAUGGUUAAAUCCAAACUGUACUGAUGGUGAUUCUGGAAAAGAACCUUAUUUAGCUUCACAUUACCUAUUGCUUGCUCAUGGGGCAGCUGUCCAAGUCUACAAGAAAAAUUAUCAGGCUUCUCAAAAAGGUUUGAUAGGCAUAACACUAAUAUCUAAUUGGUUUGUGCCACUUUCAAAUAACAAAUCAGACGAAGACGCUGUACAACGAGCACUUGAUUUUAUGUUUGGAUGGUAUAUGGGACCAUUAACAUCAGGAGACUAUCCACAAACCAUGCGUUCCUUAGUUGGUGAACGGUUACCAAAAUUCUCUAAACAAGAAGCUAAGCUUAUUAAUGGUUCAUUUGAUUUUCUUGGACUAAACUAUUAUACCACUUACUAUGCUACCGAUGCACCAGAUGCCAAACCUAAUUACAUUACAGAUUGCAAAGUCAAUCUUACAUCUACACGUAACGGAGUUCUUAUAGGUCCAAAGACCGGUUCAAGUUGGUUAUUUGUUUAUCCCAAAGGAUUCAGAGAAUUGUUGCUUUAUACUAAAGAAAAGUACAACAAUCCUUUGAUUUAUAUCACUGAAAAUGGAAUGAGUGAAAUCAUUGAUCCAACACAACCACUUGAGGAAUCACUUCAAGAUACUUAUAGAUUUGAUUAUUUUUAUCACCAUCUCUUUUAUCUUCACUCGGCAAUGAGGGAUGGCGUAAACGUAAAAGGAUAUUUUGCAUGGUCAUUGUUGGACAAUUUUGAAUGGAAUGAUGGUUAUACGGUUCGAUUUGGAAUACAUUAUGUAGAUUACAAAAAUGAUUUGAAACGACAUCAAAAGCUCUCCGCAAAAUGGUUCACGAAUUUUCUAAAAAAAUAUUAAAUUGUAUACAUAUUGUAUUAUGAUAAUU